UGUGAUAUACAGCUAACUCUAUCUAGGAAUGGGCUCGCCUUCGAGUCAACUCGGGUCUACCGAACGCGGCGCACAUCCUUAUCCCGUGCUGUUGCCGUCUGAUUAGAUGCUUUCAUUCAUUUCUGCUGUUGCCUGCGUAUUACAGCACUCUUACUCUGGGGACCUAUAUCACUCUGUGGAGGACAGAGAAUGCACUGGUGGAAAGUACACUCCUCGCAUUCCAUGAUCUCAGAACCCACUGCUUGUUACUCACUACUGGCCGUCAUCUGGAAGGAAGAGGGACAGUAUAACUCCCCAGGACUGCCACCGAACAUUUCAAUGCCUUCUACCGGAGCAGGGUUACCAUCUACAAGUUCCACGCCUAACAUGGAGGAACCAGCCAACAUGACGACUGUGGUUUCAACAACGACUAUUUCUGAAUCAGAGUCCACUACCAGUCUAGUGGUCCAGGCAUCACCCGUUCCCUCUGAUCCUCCAACAUCAGCUCGUAGGCUUGUGAUCCUGGGGACUGUGAUCGGCAUCGUUGUUUUGGUAUCCUUACUCCUAAUCCUCGUGGUUUUCCUCCUCCGACGGCGGAAAACGCAGGAGAAGAAUACCGAUAGGGAAUCGCAGAUUCUAGAGCCAUACUGUCAGGACAAGGUUUCUUGUGUUACGCCGUGUCAAGGGUCUCCUGUGAGUCAGGACCAGGGGGAAGUGGUCUGUGAUAGAGCGAGACUUGAGGAGUUGGAGUCGACUGUUCAGCUUCUCUUGAACCGGCAGAGACAGUCAGCAGUAGUGUCGGAAAUGGAACAUGAUCCUCCGCCUGAUUAUGCGUCAACGAGGCCAAGUCUUAGCGUUGAUAGGACUGGCCGCAGGAUCUCUACGAAUUCCGGUUGACGGGCUGUUCAGUUUGAUGUUUGGAGUGGUGGAAGAUGCCCGGUUCACCAAAGGGCCAUUCGACAGGCGUAGACUAAUCCAAAAAUUCUCUCGAGAUUUUGUGGGAGAAUUAAAUGAAUUAUCUCCCUGUCGUCACAAGUACAUCCUAGCAUAACAUUUUCAAACGCAACGUAAGGAAAGAGGCCAGAGAAUCAUUAUCGAUUUUCGAGAUUUCAGUUUGAACUGAUGAGAGUCAAGGGCGAGAACAGCUAUGACGUCACUGUCU